AUGGAGGUAGAGGAGAGAGCCAAAGAGAGAGCGAUACAGAGUAUGAACCAGAAGGUCGAGGGCGCGGAGCGAGAGGAAGAACCCAAGGGAGAGGCAGAGGCAGGGAGAGGACGACCUCGAUGUUCUAGGCAAGCACGCGGAGGAGGAGAAGAAGAAGAGGAGAAGAAGAGGAGGAGAGAAGGAAGAGGCGGAGAGGAGGAGGAAGAGGAGAGAAGGAAGAGGAAGAGGAGAGGAGGACGAGACGGAGAGGAGGAAAAGGCGGAGAGGCGGAAAGGAGAGGGGAAGGAGGAGGAAGAGGAGGAGAAGAGGAGGAGAGAAGGAAGAGGCGGAGAGGAUGAGGAAGAGGAGAGAAGGAAGAGGAGGAGGAGAGGAGGACGACACGGAGAGGAGGAGGACGAGGAGGAAGAGGCGGAGAGGAGGAAGAGGUGGAGAGGAGGAGGAAGAGGAGAGGAAGAGGAGAGGAGGAAGAGACGGCGAGGAGGAGGACUAGGAGGAGGAGGAGGAAGAGGCAGAGAGGAGGAAGAGGCGGAGAGGCGGAGAGGAGGAGAGGAGGAGGAAGAGGAAGAGGAGAGGAGGAGGAAGAGACGGAGAGGAGGAGGACGAGGAGGAGGAAGAGGCGGAGAGGAGGAGGAGGAAGAGGCGGAGAAAAGGAGGAGGAGGAGGAAGAAGCGGAGAAAAGGAAGAGGAAGAAGCAGAGGAGAUAAAAGGAAGAAGGGAACCCUCUUUAUUUUUAUAAUACUUUGUUAG